GAGAAAACACUCGAUAGCGAAUGCGAGAGGGGAUUUAAAUUGGACAAAUACUGUCCACCUCACUUGACGGAUAAGGGUUGAAAGUGGUGAAAUUAAACGCGGUUUCCGUUCAGUUGGCUCACACCGAGCUAGGGGGAGAGUGGCUGGGGUCGAUGCAGAUGGUGCUUGUGCGACAUAUGAGGGCUUCCAGGUAUCUCUGCUCAUUAUACUGAAACAACAGCUUUAAAUGCAUCAGAAAACACUCGCAGCAGCCGGUCGUCAUCAGAGCUAACCAAGUAGAUAAAGAGCCGCGGUCAGGAGAGGCAGGCUAUUGCCCGUUUCUGGACGUCCAUCUCUCCUACCUUCAUCACGUUCAUCCACCACCACCGCCCUCCUCCUCUUCCUUCUCCUCUUCCCGGCCAUGGACCCCCCGAGGACGCGGUCUCGGUCUCGCUCUGGCUUCUACCAUUUCGGGUUGAACGGUAACGUAGGGAACAACGGUAGCAGUAACGCGGUUAGUAACGGGAGCAUUCUGAACGCCAGCGGAGGAGGGGUGAGCUACCCGCAGCAGAGCACCCCUGCCUGGGCGCAGCACCACGGCGGUCGCAGCUACCCGGAGAGCCAGCAGCAGCACACCCAGGGGAACUACCUGUCCGCGGGGGCGCAGCGCCACUCUUCGCAUGGAGCACACAGACACCCCGGGGCUGGAGGAGUGCUACAUUUUCAUCCAGAUAAUGUGUGCAGUGAGGACCGGGAAAAAAUGGAAGACAGCCCAAGCCCAAAAAGGCAGCGUCUUUCUCAGCAGUCCAUGCUGGAUCUAAACUCCGCCCCUCCCUCUACCCCAUCCUCUCCUAUUCGCCCCUGGGAACUGCCUCCUAGUCGCAGACCACACCCCCACUACAUGCCAGAGAGAUGCCACACUCCCCUUCGCAACAGACGCAGCCCUCCUAUGAGACGCCAGCGUGGCCGGAGAGACCGUCUGACCCGCCACCACCACCACGCCCACAACAACCACCACCACUUCAACAGCAACAACAACCACCACCACCAUCACCACCCCAACGCCCACCACCACCACCACCACCUGCACUCCCACCAUGUCUCAUCUUCAGGCCACCAGGAUGAGAACUACCGCCACCCAGCUCCGCCCCAGGGCUACCCGCCUUAUAGCCAGCAACCACCUCGAGGGCCGGGACCGGGGCCAGAGGAGCGCCCAGGUCACCAUCCUCAAAAUCCGUCCCCGAGACCACUCCACCAGUCACCAAACCUGUCUCCUAGGCUGCUGCACCCUGCGGCUCAUCCACAGCAUCCACACCCACACCCCCACCCAUCUCAGCAGCAGAGCAGCGUGGUGCUGGACCUCCAUGAGCAGGGUUCAGCUCCAGUUUCGUAUCCUUUGUCUCCUCCUGGAGCUCCACCAGGCCUACCGCCUCGCUCUGCACCUCAGCAGAUCCCAGCAUGCUCAGUGGUCUUCAGUGGACAGCACUAUCCUGUGUGCAGUGUCCCUCCUCCUGUGCUUCAGACUUGUUCUGUUCAGCACUUGCCCAUGCCUUACCCAUUUCCAUCACUGCUGUCCAGUGACCCCACCUUUCUUCUUCCCCCUCCGCACCUUCCCCAUCCCCCAACACACCUGUCUCACCAUCCACCUCACCUUCCCCAGCCUGGACAGUUUGGACCCUAUCCAACACAACAGGCUCGAUCGCCGUUACAGAGGAUAGAGAAUGAUGUGGAGCUGCUUGGAGAACACCUGUCUCUGGGCGCGGGGCUCCACUAUCCUCCUGCCACCCAUCCCGCCCUCACACCCCACUCCACACAGCUUCACUUCCUGUCCCAUGAUCCCCUGCCUCAGGAAUUCUUUGGAGUGUCCUAUCCAAACUUUAUUCCUCGGCGACUCCCAGGGCGACGGUACCGCUCACAACAGCCACUGCCACCUUCGCCUUACCACCCAAGCCUCCUGCCUUACUUCCUUUCAAUGCUGCCAGUCCAGCCCACCGGUCCUGCGAUCAGUUUGGAGCUGGAUGUUGAUGAUGGAGAAGUGGAAAAUUAUGAGGCCCUCCUGAACCUUGCAGAGCGUCUGGGAGAGGCUAAACUCAGAGGAUUGACAAAGGGAGACAUAGAGCAGCUUCCUUCCUACCGCUUCAAUCCAAAUAACCAUCAGUCUGAGCAAACACUGUGUGUGGUGUGCAUGAGUGAUUUUGAGUCUCGCCAGCUGCUGCGAGUCCUUCCUUGCAGCCACGAGUUCCACGGGAAAUGUGUCGACAAGUGGCUGAGGGCCAACAGGACGUGUCCCAUUUGUCGGGCUGAUGCCUCCGAGGUGCAGAGAGACUCAGAGUGACCACAUGAGGGCGCCAGACACUCCUGAUAGAUUGUCAAACACAUCCAGCACUACCUGCUCCUGUUUUACCGCUACACAUGAACUUCUUACACCCACUCUCGCGUCUGUUCAUGCAGCACCCCUCCUGUUUUUAUAAUUUAACUCUUUACCCCUUCUCCCUGACAUUUAAUCUGAUUCUGAUUUCUUUCCCAGUUAUUUAACCUGAUGUAAUUUCCCCUCCGUCUGUUUUUCACAUGAAUGUUCCCCUCAUAAUUUUGAGUAAAUGAAAUUCAGCCUGA